GGAAGAUGUUCCUGAGUUGUAUCCCGCGAUGCCCAAGCCCAGCCCCCAAGAAACCCUGCGGUGGGUGCCUCGCCCAGUGGUGGGGACGCUGGGCCAGCCCUCACCCCCGACGCUCCUGGUGCUUCCAACAGAAAACGGCCAUGGGCCAGGACAGGUCAGCCUCGCGCCUGGCAAUGCACAGAAGGCUGCGGAUCGCCAGCAGGCAGGACGUGUGUCAGGCCCCUUUCACUGAUGACCUGUGUGUGGUGGGGGAGUGGUCAAACGAGCCCACAGCUCCGAAGCCCCCGUACCGGGCGUUCCCCGGCACACAGAAACCACUGGACGUCCCCCUCAGUCACACACUGUUGGUCAGAGCCCAGAUAGAGCCCAGGGGCUCCGCAAAUGCCCAUCUCACAGCGGAGGAAGUAGGGCCCGUUGACUUCGCCUGUGUCAGUCGUGACCCAGGGUCAGGGCCGGGCCUGGCACCUGACCUCACGGCUGGGGCGGCACAGAGCCCUGAUCUCCCAACAACACCCCCGCUGGAGCAGUGCUGGUCCUCCAUCGAUCAGCGCCACCACAAGGAUGCGCGGGGGACAGCUGUGUCCCCGGGGGCCGAGCAGGGCUCAGGGGAGGCCCUGAGAGAAGAGGCUCUGGGGAUGGAGGGUCUGGAGCCAGGACUGUACGCAGCAGCUGAAGCCGAGGACGCUGCAGGGGCACCAGACGCAGCACUGGCCCCGGCCUCAGCCCCAGCUCCGCAAGUCCCUUCUGCUGCAGCCCCAGUGCCACACCUGGCCUUCCCCGCCCCCGUCGUCCUGUAUUUCUCUUUACUCCUCCCCACUCUCUUCCUUUUCUCCACCUUAUUGUCCCUGAACCUCAAUAAAAUGUAAGUUGUUA